GUUCAGAAACUACUGGGAGCGAAGAAGGAUUUGAAAAAAACUCGCUUCGUCUCCCCUGGAGUUUCUCUCUCUCUCUCUCUCUCUAGCGCCCGUCAUCUCCCGAUCCCAUCUCCCGAUCCAUCCGAAGCUGUCGGCGCACAGGUUCUCUCUUUUUGUAGGGCUUGAUCUGCUUUAAAGAUGCCGGCCACCGCGGGGAGGGUUCGCAUGCCCGCGAACAACAGGGUUCACAGCAGUGCGGCCCUUCAGACCCAUGGUAUAUGGCAGAGCGCGAUCGGGUACGAUCCCUACGCCCCCAACAAGGAUGAUUCGAAGAGUUCGGCGCCCAGUAAGAUGGCUGUUGCGGAGCCUGAGGGGGAGAACGCGUAUGCAAGCUUCCAGGGUCUGCUGGCUCUCGCCCGUAUUACCGGGUCGAAUGCCGAUGAGGCCCGCGGCUCAUGCAAGAAGUGCGGCCGUGUCGGGCACCUGACGUUUCAGUGUAGGAACUUCCUGAGCAUGAAGGAUGAUACGGAAAAGGACCUGGAGGCCGGGCAGGCUGGGCUUGCGUCUUUAUCUGGGUUGGAUAAGCUGAAGGGGAGUGCUAACAAGCUGAAUGGUAAGGGUGAACCAGAUAGCGAGGAGGAUAGUGAGGAAGAGGAGGAAAGCGAGUCUUCAGAUUCUGAUGUGGACUCGGAGAUUGAGAGGUUAAUUGCCAAACGGGGGAAAAAGGUCAGCAGUAAGGCUAGCAAAGAAAUUUCAUCAAAGAAGAAGAAGAAGAGGGAUGAUUCAGAAGAUGAGGAUACCGACAGUGAUCCUGGGGAGAGAAAGAAAAGAGGGAGGUCAAAGAAGAGAAAGAGUGGAAGGAGAAGAAGUAGUCUCUCUGAGGAUGAGGAUGAGGAUGAAGUAAGAAAGAAGAGGAGGAAGGAGAGGAGAAGGAAGAGGGAUGAGUCAUCAGAUGAGGAGGAGCAUAGACGAAGGUGCAGGAAGAGUAAGAAGGAGAAAAGGAGGAGGAAGAGUCAUAAAUAUUCAGAUGACUCCGACUCUGACGAAUCAGGUGAUUCUGGCAGGAGGCACAGGCCGAAGAGCCGGAGGAGGGUAGCUGCAUCUCCUCAUUCUGGAGCGAGUAGCUCAGAUGACUUGCGUGUUGGUAGGGAUGCAAAGCGAUCUGGGAAGAGUAGCAGAAGGCACCGUCAUAAAGAGGAUGAGUCUAGCUAAGACAGAUUCGGAGGUUGAGGACAUGGUGUUUUCUGCAGAAAUCAUUAUAGCUGAUGCGGAGGAUGGCGAUUGAGUGACCUGUAUGUGCGUAUUGUUGAGAAAGUGGAACAGAAAGAAGUGUGCAAGUGUGUGAAUUUAUGUUCUUGCUUCUCCUUUGUAUUUGUUGCACUCUACAUCUGUCAUCAGUGUGCUAAUGGCAGGGUUAUUGUAUCUACAUAUCCAUGACUAAUGGAUUGUUGGACAGUAUGUUUGGUACCUGUAGUUCAUGAAUAAUGUCAGCUCUUGAGAUUUCUUUGACUUGGGCCUCUUCUUGGAGGAGCUAGAGCUAGAAAUUUGGUGGUCAUUGAAAGGGAAAAGCUUUGUGAA